AUGUUAAAAGUAUCGCCGUGGAAGGGGAUAAUUCGGUUUAGAAAAAGAGGAAAAUUGAGCCCAAGAUUUAUUGGGCCAUUCAAAAUCGUGGAACGGGUUGGUAAGGUAGCAUACUGUCUCGAGCUGCCUGAGGAGUUGAGUGGAAUACAUAGUACAUUCCACGUGUCACAUCUCCAAAAAUGUUUAGCAGAGGAAACUACUCGUAUCCACUACGAUGAUAUCGAGGUGGAUAACAGUCUUAACUAUGCGGUGAAGCCAAUUGCAAUUUUAGAUCGUAAAGUGAAGAGUUUGAGAAACAAAAAGAUCAACCAAGUGAAGGUUAAGUGGGAACACAGAAAGGGUGCGGAUACUACAUGGGAAUCCGAAGAAGAAAUGCAACGGCUCUACCCUACAUUAUUUAGUAAAAAACAAAAUCAAACCCAUCAUUUGAGAGGUCUGAUCGAUCAGAACAACCACAGGCGACACCCCCCACUCUCAAACCCUAAUUCACAAGAAAAAACCAUAAAUUGA